UCUUUAUUUCAUCUGUGUGUAGUACAAAGUCACGAACCGUCUCUUCAAAUGCAACCACCCCAAUUGCCCAAUUGACUAUGAUUCAUUUCAUUCUAUAUAAACUCAACUUCAAAUUCUCAAAAACCAUGACAUUGGGAUUGCAACCCAUUUUUCCCAAUGUCUCGCUUUUACAGCAUCUUCUUCUUUUUCAUUCUCUUCUUUCUCUUCCUCUUUUCUGUUUCAGCCCACAGCGGCCACCACGACGACGGAGAUGGCGACGGUGACUCCGGCGGAGAUGGUGAUUCUCCCGACCUCCGUGCAAGGCCCUUGAUUCUGGCCAAGAUUUGGUGCCUGAUUGUGAUUUUUGUUGCCACUUUUGUGUCUGGGGUUUCGCCCUAUGUGUUGAAAUGGAACGAGGGGUUUUUGGUUUUUGGGACCCAGUUUGCGGGUGGGGUGUUUCUAGGAACUGCUAUGAUGCAUUUUCUCAGUGAUGCUAAUGAGACUUUUGCGGAUUUGACAAAAAAAGAGUACCCUUUUGCGUUCAUGUUGGCGUGUAUGGGUUAUUUGAUAACCAUGCUUUUGGAUUGUUUGAUUUCGUCGAUUUUGUUGAAGCUGAGAAGGAAUAAGCCUGUUAAUGGAGUUGAUGCUGAGCUUCAAGGGGCUGAAACGGGCAAAGGAAGUGGCAAUGGUGUUACUUCCCAGUCACAAUACCAGGGCCAAGCUGUUACCAAUCACCACUUUGCAGACCCUGCUCUUGCAUCGCUCAGUUCAAUUGGAGAUUCCAUCUUAUUGAUUGUUGCCCUUUGUGCUCAUUCUGUGUUUGAGGGCUUAGCAAUUGGAGUUGCUGAGACAAAAGAAGAUGCUUGGAAAGCUUUAUGGACAAUUUGUCUGCACAAGAUAUUUGCAGCCAUUGCCAUGGGUAUUGCUCUUCUUAGGAUGAUGCCUAAUCGGCCACUAAUAUCAUGUGCAGUCUAUGCUUUUGCCUUUGCCAUUUCUAGUCCGAUUGGUGUAGCCAUUGGAAUUGUAUUAGAUGCAACCACACAAGGUGUUGUGGCUGAUUGGAUCUUUGCUAUAUCAAUGGGUUUAGCUUGUGGAGUGUUUAUCUAUGUAUCAAUAAACCAUCUAUUGGCAAAGGGAUAUGUACCCCGCAGACCAAUGAAGGUCGACUCAUCAUAUUUCAAGUUUCUUGCGGUGUUUUUGGGCAUUGGAGUAAUAGCGGUUGUGAUGAUUUGGGACACCUAAGGUCGUUCAGAAACUAAGAUGCAUGAUAGUAGCUUGGUUGUAAGAUAAUUUCUCUUUCAGCCUAAGCAAAUUUUUUUUUCUUUUUUAAAUUGCCUCUACUUAUAAUUUGAUAAUAUUAUGAGUUUUGUAAGAAUGAGCUUGUUUUAUAAAGAAUGAUAGUUCAAAGUUUUUCACUUAUGUUCUUGUUCAUUAGAAAUAGAGUGGACACUGUCAGUAGGAAAAAAGGGGCCCCAUUGAGACCAUGUUCCACCCUUCAAUUUGGAGAGCAUAUUUAGUGCUCUUGGAGCUCACUACAUUCAGUGAGGCGGAGGAGUGAGAGGGAGAGAGAGAGAGAAAGCUGAUGAGAGAAGAGAAGAAAGAGAUUAAAUUUUUUUCAAGCCAAGUGUCAAAUUUUCAAUUGAAGAACCAUGAUGGUCCAGGUGCACUAUACAUUUUUUCCUCAAUUUGGAGAUAGAAAUUAACAUGUUGAUGCCCUAGACACGCUUCAAUAUACUCCUUUUGCUUUUACAUUAUCAAUAUCCAUGAACAACCGCAUACUUUUCUAUUACGUUUCCAAGUCCUAGUUGCACAUUGUGAGCCAUAUAUUUUUCUUCGUGGCUGACUUUUUUAGACAUGGGUAGUCACGGUUGAAAAUGGAAAUGCUCAAUUAGUCCGAACACUGAGGAUUUAUAUAUGAUUGGUGGUUGGAAACUUGGAACUAUGAAUUGCAGAAUCACAAUCUUGCAAGUGUCAUGUUUUGUAGAUAGAAAUUUAUAGUGUAUUACGAAUGUAACUCAUCCUUAUGCAUUCAUAAAAUUCAAUUCGAAAUAUUAACUCUUUUCUUAUUCAUGAUCUUGCAAUAGUUGUCUGAGCAUGUGAAAGAUCUUAG